AUGCCCUUCACGGCCGCGUUCAGCGCUCACCUCUCGGCCAUCAUGGAGGCGGUGGUGGCCCAGGUCACGGCGCUGGUGGAGGAUGAAGCCCUGGAGCUGAGGCUGGAGCUGCAGAGCCGAGACCGGGAGAUCCUGGAGAAACAGCGGGACAUCGAGCUCAGGGACCGGGAGAUACUGAAGCUGCGAGCCGCUAUGGAGGAGCUCAGAGGCCGGGAAGAGGAGGAGGAGGCGGCGGAGGAGAUGCCCGCGGAGGAGGAGGGACAGAGCUCCAGCCAAGUGUGGACCAAGGAGGAGGAUCCCGAGGAGCGGGUGGUGAAGCCGGAGCCAGAAGAGGAGAGCAUUUCAGACGAAGUGGAGUGGCCUCAGUCUCCCUUGUCUUCUGACGCUGCUAGUGCUAAUGCUAACACUACCGCUAACGCAUUCAACGACAACAGCGACUCCGCCCACGAAGCCGCGCAGAACUACCACGCGUACUACCUGGAGCAGGCGGCCGUGGGCUUCGGUCCCGGCGACGGCGAGGACCUCCCCCUGGACUCUCUCCUGGACGACUACCAGACCCGGUUCCACUCUCGAAAGCCUCCGUUCUCUCAGGACUCGAGCGCUAGCGCCGGCGAUUUGCGAUGCGACCAGUGCGGCAAGACUUUCACGGCAAAGAAGCGACUCAGGACUCACCAGAGCGUCCACACCGGCGCCAAACCCUUCAGCUGCAACAUCUGCUACAAGACUUUCUCCAGACAAGACAACUGUUUGAGACACAAGAAGUUAUGCAUCAGCAGAAGGAAGACCUCGGACUUUUCAAACCCGCAGUCGGACGAAUGA